GUGUCCUCCGUUGGCUACGUCAGCGCUGCCAGCACACCAGGAAGCGAGCUAAAUCUGCACUAACAGCUGAAAGCAGAGGAGCGAAGAGGCGGAAUAUCACUCUUAUUUAUUUUAAUUCCUUUCUCCAUAUUUAUUCUGGGCUUCCCUGAAAGAGCCGCGGAUAUUCUGACGCUCCUCUGGUCUCCACGCUCCGAGGAAGGACUGAUUUUGAAAGAUGGACCCAACGCUCGCUGAGAUGGGGAGUCACCUCUCUGAUGCCAUGAAGAUUUUGGAGAGUGGACAAAUAGAGACAGCAGAAGACACAGGGAGACGGAGGCUGAGCUGGAGGGAUAUCCCCGGACCCCUGCAGGGAGAUGGUCAGAAUGUGGUAACUAUUCUCCAGCUUGUUCAGAAUCUCAUGCAUGACGACGAGGACAAACAGGCACACCGCAGAAUGCAAUAUGUAGGGGAGCAAGGACACAUGGCUUUAUUGGGACACAGUCUGGCCGCCUACAUUUCCGUCCUGGACAGAGACAGGCUCAGAAAACUGACCACCCGCAUCCUCUCAGAUACGACCCUCUGGCUCUGCAGACUCUUCAGGUAUGAAAAUGGUUCAGCGUACUAUCAUGAAGAUGAUCGUGAGGGCUUGGUAAAGGUGUGUAGGCUGGUUAUUAACGCUCGAUAUGAGGACUACGCCACAGAGGGCUUCACAGUGCUCAGCGUUAAACAGCCUGUAAUCUACCAGAGCGCUUCCUGCAGGCCUGGCCUGGGACAGCAUCUGUGCAGCCAGCUCGGGUUGCCCUUGUCCAGUCUUUGUAUCGUGCCCUGCAACACCAUGUUUGGAUCUCAGCACCAAAUGGACAUCGCCUUGCUGGACAAGCUGAUCAGAGACGAUGUGGAGACGGGGAAGCUCCCUUUGCUCUUAAUAGCAAAUGCUGGAACUCCAGGCGCAGGUCAUACAGAUAAACUGAGUCGCCUCAAAGAGCUGUGUGUGCAGUAUAAUGUCUGGCUGCAUGUUGAGGGUGUCAACUUGGCAACCCUGGUGCUUGGACAAAUUUCCUCUGUGGUCACAGCAGCCACUAAGUGUGACAGUAUGACGCUGACCCCGGGUCCUUGGCUCGGGUUGCCGGCUGUGCCAGCUGUCACGCUCUACAGACACGAGGAUCCAGCGCUGUCUCUAGCAGCAGGCCUAACAUCCAGUCAGCCAGUGGAGAAGCUGCGUGCUCUGCCUCUCUGGCUGUCUCUGCAGUACCUGGGGCAUGAUGGGAUUGUAGAGAGGAUCAGGCAUUCGGCCCACCUCAGUCAGACACUACUGGAGCAGCUAAAGUCACUGACCUCCAUAAAGACUUCGGAUGUCAUCGACAGUGAAAUCUCUCUCCUCGAGGCUUUGAGCAUGGUGGAGGACGAGCUGAGUUCUCCUGUGGUCGUCUUCAGGUUCUCCCAAGACACCAGUUCAGCGUCAAGUGGCGGCUCUGUGGAGGGGUAUUUUUCAGGAGAUAGAGAGGUGCAGGAUUCCCUUAACAGAUGGCUUGGUGAGCAGUUGGCACUACUUGUUCCGACCAGUGGAGUGGAUGUUGUGGAGUUGGAGGACGAAGGAGUGUGUGUGCGCUUUAACCCUCUAAUGACAGCCGCAGCUUUGGGCACUCAGGAGUCAGACGUGGCUCUGUUGGUGGAGAAGCUGGCUGAGAUGGUUCCUGUGCUGAGCUGUACACUGCGUUUCAGGCUGGACUUCAGAGAGGAGGUUCUCCAGCAUGCGUGUCUAAGCUACAUAGAGGACCUGAGUUGGCCUGGUCUCGGCGCUGUCAGGUAUGAGUCUCGGAGGACGGACCUAGAGGAAGGAAAGAGGCAGCAGGAGCUGGAGAAGAUCAAUACAGAGCUGCUGAAGAAACUGAGGGAACUGGACACUGAUCUGGAGUUCUCAACAGGUCCAGAGUUCAGUGAAGAGAGGAACUGUAUAUUUAUCGGAAUGGCAACUGAGGAUCUGGAUGUAGCGGCGUUGGUAGACACCAUCGCAUCUACUGGGAGAGAGAUUGAAGAGAGUGGAAAGCUGUUAGAGAACAUGACCGAGGUGGUGAGGAAAGGCAUCCUGGAGGCUGAACUGCAGCUGCAGAAAGCGUCAGAGGAGAAGCUCAUGGAGGAGGGAGUCCUCAGGCAGAUCCCACUGGUGAGCUCAGUGGUGAACUGGUUCUCCCCUGUUCAGAGUUCUGUUAAAGGCAGGACUUUCAACCUCGCUGCAGGUUCACUGGACACUACUGAUCCCAUUUAUGCUAUGAAAGCCCAAACGAAUAAAGAGGGUUCCUCUGAAACCCCAACAGCCACAGCCAAACGCCUGCCAGGUCAGAAGCUGUUCCGACGCUCGGGGGCGGGUUCUGACUCUUUCAGUGAAACCAGCUCAGUCUGCCACCUGGAGGAGACCUUCAGAGAGCCGCUGCCGGCUGAAACGUCUGAACACACUGAGUCGGAUCUGGAGGUACCUCACACGCCCCCCUUCCACGCUGAGGAGACCUCCGUCUCGGACCAGCGUGUCCCGGACGGCCAGGGGGCGGAGCCUGACUCCAUCAGAUAGAGCUCACUUCGCUGCAGGCGAAGUGUGUGUACUGUAUGAAGCGCGGAGUGAUCGCUCCCGGGUGCGCGACCUCGAUGCCUUUGACAGAGUCACUCUAGAAAUUAGGUUUAUGAAGCAGCUUUAAGUGCAACUACUGCGACACUGGGGUUCCAACAGCAUGCGUAGUUCCUCACAGCCCGGUUCUCACCACACAGAUCUAGAUACCUGCCGUCCUACCUGGCAAAAGGGACACUCCAGUAUUCUCCAGCCUCAUCUCUGUUUGCUGCAUCUGCUGUGUAUCAUCCAUUACCACAAACACUGAUAUCAGCUUAGAUCCCAGAGAACUCAGAACUCCUUUAUAAUGUAAGUCGCUGCAGGUGAUUAACCGUCAUUAAAAUAAUAGAAUACACAGAAGAACCACUUUUGAUUCACUAAAGAAUGUUUGGUUCCGAUGAUAGUGUGAAAUCUGUUUUAAGAACCAUUUUAAUUUCAUAAACAUCUCUUUUCCAAAAAAACAGAACAAACAUUAUAAUUAUUAUUUUUGGAAGUAAAAAUGUUAAAAAUGUUAUCAAAUAGCACCUUUAUCAAUACUGAGAUUUAUAUAUUCUGUGAAUUAUAGUAGAGCCUUUAUAGUGCUAUAUGAAAA